UUUCCAGUUCUUGGUCCAAUCAGUCCAAAUUUACUUGGACGUACAUUAACUCAUGAACAUCUUGAAGUAGACCUCGAAAAAUUCCUCUGUCCACCACCAAAUGAAUUCAAAGAGUUUUUCGAGAAAAAGAUUUCCCUAGAAACCAUCGGAUAUGUCCGUCAAUAUCCUUAUUCGAGUUUUGAAAAUAUUAAAUUUUGCGAUGAGGAGUCACGAUCCGCUGUCAAAAAGGAUAUUGCAUUAUAUAAAAAGUAUGGAGGAGGAGGUAUUGUUGAAAACACUUCCAUUGGAUUGACGAGAAAUCUUGAACUGAUGGUUGAUAUCCAAAAAGAAACUGGAGUUAAUAUAAUUGCUGGCACUGGUCACUAUUUGCAUGAUCAUCAGACUUCAGACCAUUUAGCAAUGACAGUGGAACAAAUGGUUGAUUUGUACUCCAAAGAGAUAAUUACUGGUAUUGAUGUACCAAAUGUUGGGCCAGUAAAAUGUGGAUUUAUUGGUGAAGUCGGAAGUGGAUAUCCUAUUCACGAUUUUGAAAAACUAGCAAUUCGUGCAACAGGUGAGACUCAAGAACGUAUAGGGUGUGGAGUUUCUUUUCAUCCAGGCUUUGAUCGUAAGGCUCCAUUUGAGAUUGUUCGCACUUACCUAGAAGCUGGUGGUAAACCUCAAAAAUGUGUAAUGUCACAUUUAGACUUAGCACUUAUAAAGAUAGAAGACGUUUUCGAAUUUGCAAGUCUUGGAACAUACAUGCAGUAUGACCUUUUUGGAGUUGAAUGCUCCUUUUUCCAAUUUGAUUAUUCAAUUGACGUACCAUCAGAUGCAAAGAGGAUCAAUAAUUUAAUGUUACUCAUUGAAGAUGGCUUUUUGGAAAAGUUGCAGAUUUCUCAAGAUAUUCAUUCAAAACAUAGAUUGACUUCCUAUGGAGGUCAUGGAUAUCAUCACAUUCACAUGAACAUUGUGCCAAGGCUUCUCGCAAAGGGUCUAACAAUGGAACAGAUUGAACAGAUAAUUGUAACUAAUCCAGCAAACUGGCUAAAGUUUAAAAUUUAAAUUGCAAAAAAAA